CAAAGUUCAAAAGGUAUCAAAGUUCUAACUCACAACUUCUAUAUAAAGAUUAAACAGUGCCAAUCUUUAUUUUCUCCUGAGCACUGCACAUAAAACAGCACUGGGUUUCUCAAAAAAGAAAGCAAGAGGCUUAUUUGGCAUUUAACAAAAAGCUUCCACAACCAAAGAAUGAUGAAGAGCCUCCAUGUGGGUCUUCUGCUGCUGCUAGUGUACUCGACCACAGCGUCGAGGCAGACCCGUUCCACAUCAUACAAGUACCAGAAAUUCAGACUCCAACAUAUCAACCCGGGGAUGAGAAUUUCUCAGUGUGAUUCUGUAAUACGCGACAGAAAUAUCUUUGAAGCGUCAACCAAUCUCUGUAAAUGGACCAACACCUUCAUCACUGCCCCUCUCGACCAAAUCGUAGCCAUCUGUAGGGGUCAUAGGAGUGGUACAAUCACUAGUAACAACCCGUUCACUUUUGUCAUGUGUCAACUCAGCAACAAUGAUCCCAACAACCGACCCAGACAUCCAAAUUGCCAGUACCAGGGUCGGUCCCCCAGAUUUGCCAAAAAGAUUGUCAUUGUGUGUGAGAAUGAAUUUCCAAUACAUUUUGAGAGAUUUAUAUAAUAGAGACAUUGCAUACUUGCAGAAUUGAUUUAACGAGUUGUAAUGCACUUGAUCAUCGAAUAAAACGAAGGCUGAACACUUGAAA